AUGGCCAAGGUCGUCACGUACGAAGAGCUCAAAGCACACUCUACUAAAGACAGUCUCUAUGUUCUUAUCCACGGAGAAGUGUACGAUGUUACUAAGUUCAUCGACGAGCAUCCAGGAGGUGACGACGUGAUAUUGGCUGAAGCUGGCAAAGACGCAACCCAGGCUUUCGAAGAUGUUGGCCACUCUGACGAGGCCCGUGACCUCCUCCCUCCCCUCCUUGUCGGAGCUUUUGAGAAGGAUGGCGCUCUGAAAAUCAGCGAUACCAAGACCCCCGGCUCUGGCGCUUCGGUCUCUGACGCCGUUGAGCAAGGUUCAAGCUUGAUGUACUUUAUCCCAUUGACCCUACUGGGAGCAUACUUUGCAUGGCGCUUCUAUGGAGCAUGA